AUGCAUGUAGAGCUGGAUACAGGCAUUUACACCAACAAUUCUUUCUUGCUUAUAUUUGUCAGUGGAUACACACCCGUCAGUGCAAACACACCUGCCAGUGCAAACACACUCGCCAGUGCAAACACACUCGCCAGUGCAAACACACCCGUCAGUGCAAACACACUCGUCAGUGCAAACACACUCGUCAGUGCAAACACACCCGUCAGUGCAAACACACCCGUCAGUGCAAACACACCUGCCAGUGCAAACACACUCGCCAGUGCAAACACACCCGUCAGUGCAAACACACUCGUCAGUGCAAACACACCCGUCAGUGCAAACACACCCGUCAGUGCAAACACACCCGUCAGUGCAAACACACUCGUCAGUGCAAACACACCCGUCAGUGCAAACACAAAUUGGAGUACAGUAUUAAUCAAAACUGGCCGCAAAUUCUCGAGCACUUUCUAG